GACUAUUUAUAACUAAUUACUUAAGACCUUUAAAAAUAUAGAUAUAGAGUCUCUUACCUACGACAUAAAUAUAAUAUAAUAAUUUAUUUUUUUUACUACCAAUUGUUUAAAAUUUACCAUCACAUCAAUCUAAUUCCGUUUAUCCUUUUUUUCAUUACCUCAUCAACAAAGAAAUCAAUGACUACUUCAAACCAACUUAAAUUAUUCAAAGAAGAGCUUCUAAAGCUUCAACAAAUUGCUACAUACCCAUAUGUUAAAAAUAUUUUGAAUAAUGAAAUUCAAAAAUUAGCACAGCAAAUACCAGCUCAAAAUAAUUUCGUAAACUAUAAAACUCAACCAUCAACAACUAAAAUUCUUAAUUAUGGUUGGGAUCAAAAUAAUGAUUAUUUAGAAAUAUUCUUAACUCUUAAUGGAAUACAAUCUAUAUCCCAAAAUAACAUUGAUGCCCAAUAUGGUGAAAGAUCUGUUGAAGUUGUUGUUAAUGAACUUGGUGGCAAAAAUUAUUCUUUUUUGAUUAAUAACCUUUGUGAAAUAAUAGAUCCAGAAUACAGCAAAUUUAAAAUAAAAACAGACCUAUUAGUUAUACACCUAAAAAAGAAAUCUAAAGGAAAACAUUGGCCUUGUGUUACUGAAAAUGAAAAGAAACAAAAAGAAUUAAAGGACUCAAAAUUUAAACCUUCACUUGAUAAAGAUAAUUCUAAUCCUGAAAAAGCUUUGAUGGACCUGAUGAAGAAAAUGUAUGAUGACGGAGAUGAUGAAAUGAAAAGAACUAUUCAAAAAUCUUGGCAUGAGUCUCAGGAGAAGCAAUCUAAAGGAAUGUUUUAAUAACUAUUAAAUUUGAUUCUUGUUUUUAAUUACAAUAUUAUUAAAGGUUGUUAAUUUGUUAAAUAAAAAUAAAUUGCUAUUGAAAUAUUUGAUGCUUUAAAAAUAAAUAAAGUU